AUGGCUUAUGUCGUGCCUAUACACCGGGCGAGUAGCAUCCGCCAUGCGCUCAAGCUGCAGUUCUUGAAACAGGAGGAGGAAUCCUUGGUUGUAGCAAAGGCCAAUCGGCUGGAAAUCUACUCCCUCACCCCCGAUGGACUGAGCCUCGCUGCCUCGCGUGCCCUCUACGCUAGGGUGACGAUGCUGGCCCGGCUUCCGGCCCCGGCCAACUCACCAACGGAUCACCUCUUCGUCGGCACAGACCAAUAUACCUAUUUCACACUAUCGUGGGAUCCAUCGACAAACCAGAUCCAGACGGAGCGAAACUAUGUCGAUAUCGCGGAUCCAUCGUCGCGGGAGUCGCAAACGGGCGGUCGAUGCUUAAUUGAUCCAAGCGGACGGUUUAUGACGCUGGAAGUCUACGAGGGCGUGAUUGCUGCCAUUCCCAUAGUGCAAAUACCCAGCAAGAAGAGGGGGAGGAGCACCGCUGUUCCUUCUGGGCCAGAUGCACCGCAAAUCGGGGAGCUGGCUGAGCCGACCAUAGCGAGAAUUGAUGAGCUCUUUGUUCGCUCUUCUGCGUUUUUGCAUGUGCAAUCUGGACUUCCGCGUUUAGCGUUGCUGUACGAGGAUAAUCAGAAGAAGGUUAGGUUGAAGGUCAGGGAGUUGCAGUACAGUGCUGCAACCAGUAGCAGCGGUGCAGACGCAACUUUUGCGGAAGUGGCGGUGUUUGCACAAGAGUUGGACCUGGGAGCUUCUCAUCUCAUACCAGUGCCUGCUCCAUUAGGCGGUCUUCUCAUUCUUGGGGAGACAUCGAUCAAGUACGUCGAUGACGACAGCAACGAAAGUAUCUCUCGGCCUUUAGACGAAGCAACUAUCUUCGUUGCUUGGGAACAGGUGGACAGUCAACGGUGGUUGCUGGCUGAUGACUAUGGAAGGCUAUUCUUCUUGAUGCUCGUCUUGGAUGACAAUAACCAAGUAGAGAGCUGGAAGUUAGACCAUCUUGGAAAUACCUCACGGGCGUCCGUCUUGAUCUAUCUUGGUGGGGGUGUCAUUUUUGCUGGCUCCCACCAGGGAGAUUCCCAAGUCCUCCGUAUUGGAAACGGCUCGUUUGAAGUGAUUCAGACCUUGUCAAACAUCGCGCCAAUCUUGGACUUUACGAUUAUGGACCUUGGAAAUCGUACAAGCGAGAGUCAUACACACGAGUUCUCAUCAGGUCAGGCUCGGAUUGUCACCGGCUCGGGUGCCUUUGAUGAUGGUACCCUGCGAAGCGUUCGCAGCGGUGUUGGCAUGGAGGAGCUAGGUGUAUUGGGUGACAUGGAUCUUAUCACAGAACUGUGGGGCUUGCAGGUUGGAAGUACUGGCGAAUUCUUGGAUACAUUGCUUGUUACAUUUGUGGACGAGACAAGAGUAUUCAACUUCAGCCCCGAUGGUGAGGUUGAGGAGCUGGACAGUUUCCUCGGACUUAGUCUUUCGGAGAGUACACUCCUAGCUACCAAUCUGCCCGGAGGGCGGAUUUUGCAAGUCACGGAACAAAGAGCCUUGAUUGCCGAUGUUGAAGGUGGAAUGGUUAUAUAUGAAUGGACUCCACCGCACCAACAGGCUAUAACUGCUGCUUCUUCUAGUGAAGAAUCGUUGGUGCUCGUUACUGGUGGUCAGGUUUUGACGACUCUGGAUAUCCGAAGUGAUGCGCAGGUCAUUGUUCAGAAGGACCUGGGUGCAGAUCGUCAGGUGUCCGGUGUGACGGUGCCUCCAUCCUCCGGUGUUUGUAUUGUGGGUUUUCCUCAAUCAGCCAAGGUUUCGGUACUUGCACUGAAGGACUUGAGUGAGCUUCACACAAAAUCCCUGGGCCCUGCUGGUGAAGCAUUCCCUCGGUCCGUUCUCGUUGCCAAUGUGCUCUCGGACAGCCCACCCACCCUCUUCGUCUCGAUGGCAGAUGGCAGUGUCAUUACGUUCUCGUUUAAUGCGCACGACCACUCUCUAACAGGCGCGAGCAAGUUGAUCCUCGGAUCUGAGCAACCAACCUUCAAGAAGUUACCGAGGGGCGAUGGACUCUACAAUGUUUUUGCCACAUGUGAAAACCCAAGCCUAAUUUAUGGAUCAGAAGGCCGAAUCAUCUACUCUGCUGUGAACUCGGAAGGAGCCUCGCGUAUAUGCCAUUUCCACUCGGAAGCUUACCCCGAGUCGAUAGCAGUGGCAACCUCGCAUGAUCUGAAGAUCGCUCUGGUGGAUAGGGAACGAACUACACAAAUACAGACACUGCCGAUAGGAGCAACUGUACGCCGAGUUGCGUAUUCCCCAUCUGAGAAGGCCUUUGGUAUCGGAACGAUCGAGCGAAAACUAGAAGGUGGCGAGGAAAUUGUCAAGAGUCAGUUUGUGCUCGCCGAUGAGAUUCUAUUCCGGCGGUUGGACUCGUUCGACUUGAGAAAGGAAGAGUUGGUAGAAAGCGUUAUUCGUGCAGAAUUCGCUGCUGGUAAGGAUGAAAAUGGACGGGAUGCCGUUAAGGAUCGGUUUAUUGUUGGCACGGCAUAUCUAGAUGAUGAAGGAGAGGACUCAAUUCGAGGUCGUAUCUUGAUCUUCGAGGUUGAUAAUGGCCGCAAAUUGACGCAGGUUGCUGAAAUGCCUGUUAAAGGGGCAUGUCGUGCCUUGGCCAUGUUGGGCGAAAAGAUUGUUGCGGCGCUGGUCAAAACGGUGGUUGUCUACAACGUUGUUAACAACAACUUUGGGGCGAUGAAACUCGAAAAGCUCGCCAGUUACAGGACGUCUACCGCACCGGUUGAUCUGACAGUGACCGGUGAUUUGAUCGCCGUGUCGGAUCUCAUGAAAAGUGUGUGCGUUGUUGAAUACAAGGAGGGCGCAGACGGCCUUCCGGACUCAUUGACUGAAGUAUCACGUCACUUCCAGACUGUCUGGGGUACUGGUGUUGCCUGUAUUGCAGAUGAUACCUUCCUGGAGAGUGAUGCAGAAGGAAAUCUGAUUGUCUUGCGCCGCAACUUCAGCGGCGUUGGAGAUGAUGAUUAUGACCGCCGGCUGGAAGUGAUCAGUGAGAUAUCGCUAGGCGAGAUGGUCAACCGCAUUAGACCGGUAAACAUUCAACAAUUAUCAAGCGUGACUGUCACCCCGAGAGCUUUCUUGGCGACGGUCGAAGGCUCCAUCUACCUCUUCGCCACGAUCAACCCCGAACACCAAAACUUCCUUAUGGACCUGCAAGCAACCAUUGCAGCCUCGCCCCAUGUCGAUUCCCUUGGAAAUAUGCCAUUCAACAAAUUCCGCGCCUUCCGCAGCAUGGUACGCGAGGCCGACGAGCCAUACCGAUUCGUGGAUGGAGAACUGAUUGAACGAUUCCUCACCUGCGAACCGCAGGUUCAAGAGGAGAUUGUAGAAAAGGUGGGCAUGAUGGAUGUCGAGGGGGUCAAGGGCAUGAUUGAAGCAUUGAGGAGACUGCACUAG